UUAGACUCGUUCGCUUCCGCCUUCUGCGCGCAGGGUUGCCAACUCCCGCUUGGGAAAUGCCUGGAGAUGGAAUAUUUCAUUGGACAACUACCACCAAACUACGCGAAUUCCCGAAGUCGCUUGUCCCCAUUUUCUUGAGUUCAUUAAGUAUGGACGUAACACCGUGACUCCGCCCUUUGCAUCAAACGCCAAAAAUUUCUUCAGCUUUCUCAUCGCUGUGCUUCAGCCAACAUGCAGCAAGUUUUAGAAAUGGCCCUGGAUCGCGCCGAGUACAUCAUCGAAAGUGCUCGUCAGAGGCCUCCCAAACGGAAAUAUUUAUCCAGUGGAAGAAAGUCUGUAUUUCAAAAAUUAUAUGAACUGUAUCUAGAAGAAUGUGACAAGGAGCCUGAAAUAAAGAAGCUGCGACGGAACGUGAACCUGUUGGAGAAGCUGGUGAUGCAAGAGGCGCUGUCGUGCCUGGUGGUCAACCUGUAUCCCGGGAAUGAAGGCUACUCGCUGAUGCUCCGGGGAAAGAACGGCUCAGAUUCGGAAACCAUUCGGCUUUCCUAUGAAGAGGGAGAAUUGCUGGAAUAUUUGGAUAACGAGGAGCUUCCCCCCAUCUUAGUCGAUCUCCUGGAAAAAUCUCAGAUCAAUAUCUUCCAUUGCGGCUGCGUCAUAACAGAAAUACGGGACUAUCGGCAGUCUGGCAACCUGAAAUCCGCCACGUACCAAAGCAGGCACGUCCUCCUGCGCCCGACGAUGCAGACCUUGAUUUGCGACGUGCAUUCCAUCACAAGCGACAACCACAAAUGGACACAGGAAGAUAAGCUCUUACUGGAAAGCCAAGUUAUCCUGGCAACAGCAGAACCCCUCUGCCUGGAUCCAUCCAUUGCCGUAACCUGCACAGCCAACAGACUCCUGUACAACAAACAGAAAAUGAACACCCGGCCUAUGAAACGGUGUUUCAAGAGGUAUUCCCGGUCGGCCCUGAAUCGGCAGCACGAGGUGUCCCAUUGUCCAACCCCACCCCAGCUCAGGUUGCUCGACUAUUUGCAGAAGAAAAGGGAGAGGAGAGGAGCCCAGCAAUACGACCUCAAAGUGUCCAAAGCUGGAAAUUGCGUAGAUAUGUGGAAGCAGAAUCCCUGCCACUUGGCCGUGCCGUCUGAAGUGGAUGUGGAGAAAUACGCCAAAGUGGAAAAAUCUAUCAAGUCCGAUGACUCACAGCCGAGCGUCUGGCCAGCACACGAGAUAAAAGACGAUUACGUCUUUGAAUGCGAAGUCGGCAGCCAGCUGCAGAAAACAAAGCUGACCAUCUUUCAGUCUCUGGGGAAUCCCUUGUACUACGGCAAAAUACAGAUGAUCAAAGGCGACGAAGAGGGCGACAGCGGGCAGGCAGCUCCGUCACAUUUUCUUAUUGGUUCAAAGUCAGAAGCAGAUAGGGUGGUCAGUCAGUACCAGGAGCUAGUUCAGAACGAAGCUAAAUGCCCAGUAAGGAUGUUUCACAAUUUCGGCGGAUCAGCCCAUCUGAGUCAGCUUUCUCCCGGGAAGGAAAUUGAACAGCCAGAAAGUAUAUCUCCUUAUAUUCAGUCUUCAGUGCUGGGCAAAGGCGUAAAACACCGGCCGCCUCCCAUCAAGCUGCCUUCAAGUACAGGAAGCAGCUCUUCAGGUAGCAUUUUUAGCCCACAGCAGUCCAGCGGUCACCUGAAAUCCCCGACUCCUCCUCCUCCUCCCAAGCCUCCCGGCGUCUCUCGGAAGCAGUCUCAGGACCUGAACCAGUUGAGCCUGCUCUCGCCAGCCGGCCUGUCCCCCGCCGGCUCUUCACAAAGAACCUCCUCCAACAAGGUCACGACAAACACUGCAGGACUUGACUUCAUCAAUGUAGUAGGCUCUGUCUGUGGAGCGCAGACGCUGAUGAGCGGCUUGAGCCCCCUGCUGGGGUGCGGGGCCGGCACGAUGAGCCCCGCAGGCCUAAACCUGAGCAGCCUACUUCCGUCAGGAGGCCUAUUACCCAGCGCCAUGCCUGCCGCCGUGCCACCCAGCUCUCAGCCAGCAGGUGGCCCUUUUGGUUUAAAGAAUCCUUCAAGCCUUCGACCUUUGAAUCUCCUACAGGUUUCAGAGCAAGGCUGCACCAAUCCAGACCAGGCCUUAUCCGCUCAGCAAGCGGCCGUGAUUAACCUGCCUGGAGUAGGGAACUUCGUGCCACCCCAGUCAGCUGGUAGCAGCAGUCACGAUUCUGGGGGCGCCAAACGGAUACGGCAGCAGCGGCUCAACCGGCCCAGCCCCGGCCUUCCGGCAGCCGGUCAAAAAAUAGGAAGCGCAUCGGUGCUCCCAAAAUCCUAGAACCCGCCUUUGACAGAUACGUAUAUUUAUUUUGAAAGGGGAUUAGAAACGUUGCUUGAAUUUUAAGAAAAACAAACAUUAAAAUCAGUGGUAAGUUUACUGGCAAAGUUGGAUGUGAGGCGGCGUGGUGAGGGGCUUGUGACCCGAACAUCUGUGGGACUACUUCCCCCCCCUCAUGAUUUAAAGCCGGUCAUUGUAAACCAUUAAAAGAAAUUGCUCAGAGACAGGAUUGGAUUAUAUUCCACAGUGGAAAAAUAUUUUGGUAGGACUUUUAUAAACAGAGCAUUUGAGAUAAACCUAUCGGUGUGUACUGUAGCAAAUAUACAUUUUACAAAUCCGCUUUCCCAGGCCC